UAUAAAUUGUGAUGUAAGAAUUAGAAGAGCUAUUAUAAAAGCCAGAAAUUUAUCAAAAUUUAUCUUUGUUUAAGGAUUUUUUAAAAGGUGUCAAGAAAUUGUGUGAUUAAUUUGAGGAAAAAAUUAAAAUGAUACCUAAGGAAGAAUAAAACGAAAAUGAAGAUGAUAUAAAAAGGAAAAAGAGAAUUGAAAAAUAAAUAUUGAAAAAACAAAAACAGAGAAGUAUACAGAAAUAAUAAAUGACAUCAUAAAAAGCAGGUUAAAGUAAUUUUUAAGAUUUAAAUAGCUAAAGGAUCUUUUGAAAUAGAGGAUAGUCAGAUUUAAAAAUCAAGAGUAAGAAUACUAUUUAUAUUAAUAGUAAUUAGACAAUGAAAAAUUUGAUAUUUAAUAACUUAAUUAAGAAUUCGAAUUAGACUAAAAUAAGAAAAAGCAGUAAAAAAUUACUAAGGCCGAUAUAAAAAGAGAAGAAGAGGCUGAAAGAAGAUUAUAAGAUGAUGAUUCUUUUGGUGGAAAUAUUGUAUAAGAAUAUUCAUGAGUUUAUA